UCAUGUUUUCAACCUGUUUAUAUAGAAUCAUCCAUUAGCAUGGUUAGUAAAUCCACCGAUGUUAUAAAACAACUCGCAACGCAAAACGUUUCUUCAGUCAACCCGCAAACCGCGUAGUGUACACAUACAGUGCGCUCUUAAAAAUGUGGCUAAGGAACACUAUUCUAGUUUUCACAGCUUGCGCCUUAUCCGUAACAAGCGCGGGCAAAUUCAAAGUUUCCCGGGAAUGGAGCUACUUGAAUUUCACAUGGCCCAGUGCGGAGGCUUACCAAACGGCGGUCUCCCAAAGACUGUACAUCCCCGAAAACAAUAUUAUAUCGGGCAUUACCCACUUCGAGGACUACUUCUACGUCACCCUACCCAGGAUGAAGAGCGGCGUUCCCGCCACGCUCGCCAGGAUAGCAGCGGGGAUCACCAAGGACACUUCUCCUCUCUUGGAGCCUUUCCCCACAUGGGAAAUGAACAGUUUGGACGACUGUAACGCUCUGCAGAACGUGCAAAAUGUCGAAGUUGAUCCCAAAGGACAAAUGUGGAUUAUAGACGGGGGCAAGACGGAAACACUUAGUCCUGUGGAUACCUACAGAUGUCCUCCGAAGUUGGUUAUCUAUGAUAUCAAGAGAAAUAUGACCACUACCGCGUACACUUUCCCGGAAAAUGUAGCGAGUCAGAACUCGAGUUUUCUCUACGACAUCGUGGUUGAUAAUACUGAUGGUGGAUACGCCUAUAUCACCGAUAACGGCAGGAAAGAUCCAGGAAUCAUCGUGUUCUCUGUCAAGGACCACCACUCGUGGAAAAUCCGUCACUCAAAAACUAUGAAGGCUGAACCAACCGCAACCACCUUCAGAGUUAAAGAAACGAUCGUCUCUGACCCGAUCAACAUCGCCGGUAUCGCCCUCGGUCCCAAAAUCCACACCAGCGACGACCGCAUCAUCGUCAACGAAGACAGAGAAGUCUUCUUCAGUCCCUUGUCCAGUCUACAUCUUUACUCAGUCAACACAACAGUCUUAAGGAACGAACAAAAUGGCAUGAAUGAUGGCGAAUAUCAAGGGGAACUAAAAGACCAUGGCUUAAAAGCAUCUCAGUCCAUCGGAAUGAUCAUGGACAACCAAGGAAUACUGUACUAUAGCUUGCUGUCCACUUACAGCAUAGCCAGGUGGGAUUCACACACUUCCUUCGAAUCAGGCCAGAAGGUUAUAGCCAGAGACGACAACUUCCUCGAAUGGCCAAACUCCUUCACCUUUGAUCAAACUGGAAAUAUCACUGUUUUGGUCAACCGCCUCAACAAAUUUAUAUACGACAAACUCAAUCUAGAUGAAGUAAAUUUCAGGCUCAUCACUGCCCAUGUCGGCGGUAAGAGCUAUUUGUACGACCAAGAGUACGACUACCGGUUCGAUCAGAAUACAAGCACCACCAGUACAACACCUGUUGACUUGCCCGAACCCCACAUGUUGCCUGGUACCGACCAGGAUCCUUACCUCACACCAGUUCCACAACCAGAAGGCAAAUUGGAACCUGAACCUGCCCCUGAACCUGCUCCUGAACCUUCUCCUGAACCUGUUUCGACAUCUGAACACACUCCUGAACCAGAACCGACGCCAGAACCUACAGCAGAUCAUUCAAAUGACACCACAAUGGUGAAUGAGACAGAGCAUAACCAUCAAGAAGGAAUCGUCAAUGAUCAACCUAUGAAUGAUCGACCUAUGCAUGAUCAACCUAUGAAUGACCAACCUAUGCAUGAUCAACCUAUGAGUGACCAACCUAUGCAUGAUCAACCUAUGAAUGAUCAACGUAUGCAUGAGCAACCUUUGAAUAAUCAACCCAUGAACGAGCAACCUAUGAAUGACCAACCGAUCCAUAGCCACCCGGCCAGUGAUCAUAUGGACCACGAUCACAUGAACCAUGAUCACAUGAAUCAUGACCAUAUGGAGCAAAACCAAACUAGUACUGUCCGUAAUGAUUCUGAAAAUGAAAUAGCUUCAGCUAAUGCUGAAAUGUCACGGAAGCUGAACGAAGGCACUUCUGGAACCACUAAAUUAGUUGCGACAUUCGUAGGAGUUUUGUUUGCUGGUGCCUUGUUCGCUCUGUGACUCUAUUUAUUAAUAAAAUGUGAUACUACUUGUUAUAAGAAGAAUUGUCUGAUCAAUAGGGCCAGUAAGUAAGGAAUGGGUGUUGUUAGAAAUGCUUUACCUUUUCAAGAUACGCCAAGCAAUCGGCAGUAAGGUUUUUUUACAGAAUAUUUAUUAGUUUAAUAUUGUCAACAUAAUGACAGAUAAAAACAUAAAUACAAUGUUACCUUCCGGAGAUCAAGGUACCUUCACAAAAAAAUUAAUACUAACACCUAACACUAGAAUAGUGGCUUAUCUUGUUAAACUAUCAAGUAAUUACUGAAUAAUAUUAACAAAGAGUUUCACUGAACCAUUGGCGUGCCAUAAAAAUAGAAAAUUUGUAAUUGCCGUAAUUUUGGAACUUUUGUUUGAACACAAAACAAAAUAAAUUUGACUGAACAUUAUAAUUAUACAAAAUUGGAGGCUGUUAUGGUCUAAAGAUACGUUCGAGGUUAUUGUAUUUAAAACGUAGAAACGUUCGCUGGUAAAAUAAUAUUACAAGUUGUGAGUUUUUGUUAUGUGAUGGUAUACUAAUAGUUUCAAUGUCACUUAUCUUGUUGACAACAGUAUUUUUAAUGGAGUACAUUAAUGUGCAUAUUUAAUUUUAAUUUACAAAUCCUACAAAUAAGAAACUAUUUUACUUGUUUUAUGGUGCAAAAUGUAAAGAGGUGAAAUUAAAUCGACAUCACAGAAAAUUAUUUUUUAUUAUAGGUACAAGAGAUGUUGCCUACCUAAUAAGCGUCGUGUAUAAAAUUAAAAAUGAUAAAUAAUUUUAUGUGUAUUGUCAUAUAAAAUUCAUUUAAUGCUGUAAUCAAAUUUAAUUGGGUAAUACUUGUACAGAAAAAUGUGUCUUUUUAAAUAAAUAGGUAUUGACAUUUGUUUUUAUUAGGUACAGGUGUUCAUGGUUACAAAUUUAUAUUAAAAUAUAGUUGAUAAUGGAACAAUAUUUCAAUAUGUGAGAAAAUAAAAAUUGUUUGGGAAGAUAGUUUAUCUUAUUUGUUUUUUCUUUUGUCUUAUAUUAGCUAGUUUUAGUUCCAAUAUCAGGGGUAUAUAAGCAAUAUGUAAGUGUGCUAUUUCUGUAAAAUAGGAAUAAAAUAAUUAUACUAGUUUAAGUUAUUUUACUUAUUUUUAAAACGUUUUAGAUAUUUUGUGAUGGUAGCCGCAUAUUCUUAUAGAAAACUAACUCAUAUGGAAAUAUUAAAUUAAGAUGCAGCCGUUUACUAUCUUUAAAUAUGUAUUUUACCAAAGUAAUUAUUAGUGUACACUGUAUAUUUUGUUAUAUAAUAUUUAUAUAAAAUAAAGUUUAAAUAGCUAGCA